AUAGAAGGCCUGCCGGGUGAAAAAGGGCUACGAGGAUCAGAUGGAGUCCUGGUGCAAAUACCGGGCCGAACCGGUGCACCAGGACCACCGGGCCCUGUUGGUCCCCCGGGGCCACCUGGACCACGGGGGCAACCAGGGUACGAUGGCGAGCCAGGACAGCCGGGAUCAGUUGGAGAUCCGGGCCGUGACGGAGAGGACGGGAAGGAUGGCGAAGAUGGCAGGGAUGGCGAGCGAGGAGAAGAUGGUGGAAGUGCUAGCUGCGAUCACUGUCCAUUACCGCGAACCGCUGGAGGAUUUUGA